AGUAAUCUUGAACUUAAUUGAUAAAGACUGCGGUUAUUAUUUCAGUAUUUGUAUUUUGAUCCAAUUACACUGAUUUUAUGUCAGAAACAUUUGUAAAAAUAUUUGUAUACGUUAUUACAAAUAGCCCAGACUGGUUAUCAAGAUGGUAUGACUAUCAAUAAACUAAAGGUAUUGUGUGGCAGUUGAUAAGAAAAAUAAUUUUCAUAAAAAUACUUUUCUCCUAAUUUGUCUUCAAACUUAUCUUUAAAAAAUAAUAUUUUAUUUCGUUAUUUAAAUUAAAAGUGUACAACAGAAAAAAUUAACAAAAAAAAUUGCGUAAUAAUUAACUUUUCUUGAUCAUAAUUAUGCAUAAUCGAAUAAAAACACAAAUGACAGCAGCUCAAAAAUUACAAGAAGAUCGAGAAAAGGAAAAAAAAUUAAAACUAUAUCAAAAUGGUAUGAAAGAAGUAUUUGAGCUUCGCUUUUCAAAGGAGUAUAAUGAUAAAUCAUUAAAAUCAUCUGAAAGUCUAUUACGUUCAAAUCCCGACAUUGUUACAUUAUGGAAUUUUAGAAAAGAAAUCUUCACUAACUUGGAACCUUCUAAGGAACUUUUAAAUGAAGAACUAUAUCUAACAGAAAAAUGUUUACUUAUUAAUCCUAAAUCUUAUUCUGUGUGGUUUCAUAGAUACUGGAUUCUAGAAUAUAUAUAUUCUAAUCCAAAUUGGCAUAAUGAGUUAAUAUUAUGUACAAAAUAUCUAAAAAUGGAUGAGAGAAAUUUUCAUUGUUGGGAUUAUAGACAGAUAGUUGCAACUAAAUGCCAAGUAUCAAUAGAAAACGAAUUAAAAUUUACAAUGGAAAUGAUUGAUUCUAAUUUUUCCAACUAUUCUGCAUGGCAUUAUAGAUCCAAGUUAUUAAAUACUACUGAUCAAGAUAAAGAAUUAUUACAAAUUUCAGAGUUAAAAUUAGUAGAAAAUGCAGCAUUUACUGAUCCAUCUGACCAGAGUGCAUGGAUCUAUCAGCGAUGGUUAAUUGGUAAGUUAGAACCAUCAAAAUUUAUAUAUAAAAUACAUCAUUUAAACAAUCAAGUAUAUUUAAUACUUAAUAGAAGUUUGCCAAACCAUUUUAAAGUUAAAGAUAUAGAUAACAAUACAUGGAAACCUUUCGAUUCAAAUAAAAAUGUAUGGUUUAUAAAUUCAAGUAAAAUUGAUAACCAUAGUAUAAAAAUAAUUGAUAACAAUUAUCAAGUUAUAGAUAAAUCAUCCAAUGGUACGGUAAGCCACCAAGAUAUUUUUACAUUAUUUAUUAAUGAAAAACUAAAAAAUGUUUUACAUGUACAAAUGGAAAGCUUACAUCAAUUAUUGAAAUUGGAACCAGAAAGUAAAUAUGCUCUUCUUACAUAUGUAUUACUAUUAUAUACAUUGAAACCACAAAACUAUUUUGAAAAAUGUUUAAUCAACUUAAAUUUAUUAAAAAAAAUUGAUAAACUAAGGAAAAAUUACUACUGUAGUUUAGAAUGUCGAUAUCGUAUAGAAUACUGGAUAACUAACAAUACAAAUACUGAUCAUGUCAACUUAAGUAAUAAUAAUUUAACAGCUUUUUAUCACCUUAAUAUGUUUGUUUGUAGUAAAACAAUUGAUUUGAGCAACAAUAAUUUAUCCAACAGCAAUUUACAAUGUCUAAAAUAUCUUUUAUCAUGCACAGAGUUAUCACUGAUGAAUUGCAAUUUAACUAAUUUAAAAGGAUUUCCAGACUUGCCAAAUCUUAAAAUACUUAAUUUAAGAGAUAAUAAUCUUGAAGAAAAUUCAUAUAACGACUUAAAAAAAUGUAGAUCAUUAGAAACUAUUUUGCUAGACAAAAUGCAAACUUUACUUUGUUUAAAUUUUAAAGAUAGUUUAUUCAAAAUUGAAAUUAUUUAAUAUGUUUUUUUUUAAAUUUUUUGAAAUAUAAUAUUAAGUUACUUAAAUUAAUUAUUCUUAAAAAUAAAAAGUAAAAAUUAUAUGAGAUUAUUAUAUAUCAAACUGUAUAUUUUGGCUAUCUUCUACAUAUAGAUAUAUUUUUAAAGAUAUUGAAUAUAUUAAAAUAAAAAAGUAAAUGAUUUACAGAAUGAUUCGUGAAUCAUUGAUGAUGUCAAAUAAACAAUUUUAUAAAAAAAACCAAAUGGCAUAAAUUAAAAAUAUAUAUAUAUUCCUGUUAAUUUAUCAAAUUAAUGUUUUCAUUAAAAAAAAAAUAAUAAUAAUAACCGUAUAAAGCAAUAGUAAUGAAAUAAAAUAUAUAUAUAUUAUUUGAUGAGAAAUCAAGUGGUUUAUGUUUCACGAAUCACACUGUUUAAGAUACUGAACAAUAUCAAUUAUGCCUCAAACAAUAUAUUUAAAAGUUUAAAAAAUAUAUUUUUUCUUUUUAAAAAUUAAUAGUAUCCUGAGUCCCACAAUUUUUCUAGAAAAAAUUGGUCCUAUCUUUCCUUUCUCCCCUUUUAUAUAGUAACAACUUAAGUAUUUAAGAAAUUGACUAGCUGGUAAUAAAUGUUGAAUUCUUAUUUUGGAAGUUAUUUACUCUCAACAUUGACAAGUCAUUUUCUUAUUUUUAAGCUAGUUAAACAUAUAUUUUUCCAUUUAAAAAAUUUUAGUUAUUAUUAUUUAAAAAAAAGUAAAAGGGUAUAUGACUUAAUAUUUUUUACUAUUAAUUUCUGAAAAGAAAAAAUUAUAAUGUUUAUACGUGAGGCAUGGUUAUUCAAUCUACCUGGUAUAUUACAAUCUUAUCACAAAAACCCAAGUAUCUGACUGAAUUUUUUACAUGACACUUAAAUUCUAUUAUAGUAUAAAUUUACUUUGUGUCUGAAGAAUGUGGUUAAAAUUAUCAAUUAUGAAGUAUAAUUUUAACUAUACUUAGAAAAUUUUUAAUUAAAUGAAAAUGUUAUCUACGUAAAUAAAUGCAUACAUUUUCUACUAUAAUAUAAAAAAUUUGAAAAAUCACUUUUUUCCCCGUUUCCUUGCUUGGUUUUGUAAUACAGUCUAUUAAUCAAAUUUUUAUAUAACUAUACAGAUUAACUUUUUAUUAUGCCUUUCUCAAUUUAUAAAAUUUAUCAAAGAAGACGUCUUUAAAUUAUAAAUAAUUUCUUACAAUCAUUGUUUUUUUUCCCUUCUCUUUUCAAUGUUUAUAGUUCUAUUGAUAAAUUAACUAAUUAACCACUAAUUAAAAGUAUAAAAACCUAUACAAGAUGGAAAAAAGUUUAAUCAUUUGAUUUGGCUCAAUCAAAUGGAGUGUUUAUAAUCUUUUUGUCAAAGAAAAAAGCCAAAUGAAAAGAAACUUGACUAAGCUGACUGAAAUGGAAAUCACACAAGGAGAGGAAAUUGCUAAAGAAAAAUAAUAAUAAAAAGGAUGUCAUGAAACCCAAUUCUGCAGAUAAGAACUCAGUCACUUCAUGUAUCAAAAUUAAAUAGUUAAUUUUUUUAUUAUUGUAAUUUUGGUUUAAUCUUGUGCGUAUUCAGAUAAAUUAAGAAAAAAAUAUAUACAUAUACAUAAUAAUAAAAAUUAACUUUGAAUUUCAAAUGUGGACCACCAUAACUGUUAUUACACAAAAAGUAAAUUUUCACUAAUCCAAUAAUUUUCUAUUCUCUUAUUAAAAUAAAACAUUACAAAAAUAUAUACAUGGAUGUUAAUAAUAUAAUACCAUGUAAAAUAGUGAAUGUGUUUGUAACAAAUAAGAUACUCUAUUAAAAGUAAAUACUUUUCCAUUGUUUAUUACUUUAUUGUACUUAAAUUUUAUCCCUGUUUUGUACGUUUUCAUAUUGUUUUAAUUAUAUCUUUAAUAAUUACAUUAAUGUCAUUAUUGAA